GACAGGAAUCUAGGAUGGAAUAUUGACUGGGCUGUCGCAUUUUUGGUUCAUCGCUUACAGACAACGCCGGGCGAUGCUGCUGAGUCACUUAGACGCAUACGCAUCCGAGCAGCGACGCUUGAACGGGAAGGCUUAAUCCAGGAAAUACCAUAUCGCAUCUUCAACAAGGUUGACGAGGUGCUCUUUGCUGGCCAUCUCAAGAAUGCGGUCUUCCUUGACAUUAGCAGUCUGGGCUCAGAUAUUUCUGGCGCCACGUACACGCAUAGCUGGGGACCUAAUACCAAUGUCAAGCGUAUCUCGAUUGUUCUCAAUCGCGACGCUCUCGAAUACGCUCGAGCAAGGGACGUCGUUGCGAUGCUGAUUCAUCACAUGAUCCAUGCCUAUUUUCUUGUCGCUUGUGGACCGCAGAAGGAAGAAGAGGUAGACUAUGGACGCCUUGACCACGGCGUACACUUUGGGGCGAUCAUGCUAGCCAUCAAGAAGCUUUCAGCUGUUCAUGGGAAGGAGCUCACACCGCUUGGCUUCGGGCACAGCUCAGCCGCUGUUCGCUACUUCGCCGAAGAAUACUACUACCCACGAAAAGGCGGCCCUGUAGAACGAGAAGACAAGGAGAAGUGGUAUUGCAGUCACUGUCAUUGUAACGUCGAGGGGAUCUCUGAGUGCGACAUCGACAAGUGGUACAGCAAAGUUUGUAAGCCCAUGUUUGAUCAACCGAAGAGCGUUCGAGUCGCAGAAGGCACUAUCUAUAAUGACCGCCGCCACGAGUUCGAAACGGAACGUCGCGCACGACUCCCGCCGUCUGCCAAAUCAGUCGAGUUCAUCUUCAAAGGCAACCCUAUCCUCGUCGCGAGCAAGAAGAUUGAUGAUUUCCUGGGUGUCCGAAGAGCCUUCGGCAAAGCGGAAAGUCGGUUCCUCGGGGUACACAAGGACGUUUCCGAAAAGACGUUUCUGCGCUUCUUAGAGUUUUUGCACACGGGCUCAUACCGUCCUGACCAGCAUCCUUUCGCAGCUGCCGCAGCCAGCUUAGGGGUAGAAAGGAACGGUCCUCCGAUUGUCAAACCGCAGGGUAUGAGCACCGAAGCCUGUCUCCUGGCUGAUGUCCAGUUUGCGAAAUUGGGUAUUUUGAUGGGCUUUGAUGAGUGCAAGUACUAUGCGCUCAGGCGUAUGAACGCGUAUGGUGUUAUAUACGAGGACCCUGUCGCUAUCCUAAAGGAGAUAUACCAUGGCUACGAACCAGACCCAGAUCUCAAGGCAUGGGCGCGAAGAUUCCUCGUCCAAGCUCCAGCUAAGACAUCCCCGGAAUAUACCUCUACCAGUUUCCCACCCAGCAGCAGCAUCGAGCCACCAAACCUCAUCAAACUAGAAAGCGAGCAUGGAAUUCACCGCGCCCGCUUCCUCGACGCUAUAGACUCCAGCGGUGCGCUCGAAAACGAUGUCAACAAAGCACGGGCGGAAUUGAGGUUGGCCGGCUGGUACGGCGUGUCUUCUCUC